CAUUAUUUCAUUUGGAUCAUUAAUGUAUCCAAAAAUAUUAAAAACUGCAAGCAGUUGUUAAAUAAAUGUAGUGAAGUAAAAGGUAGGCUACAGUAUAUCCCUCUGGAAUGUGACAGAGUAGAAGGCUAGCAGAAAACGGAAAUACCCGAGUAAAGUACAUGUGCCUCCAAAUUUUACUAGGUACAGUACUCAAGUACAGUACUUGAGUAAAAUGUAUGUAAAUGUAUGUAGGCCUAUUUACUUUUCACCACCGUUAUUGUAAAGAUUUAGUUUUGCGCUCAAUUUAAUGUGAAACGCCCGUUUAACGUCCCCUCAUUUCUCACAAAGUAGCGGUCAUCCGUUAUUCCGACGCUGUUGCCAUGGUUACCAAGCAACAAACUACGCGGGGCCGUGUCGGGAGGCGGAUUUUUGAAUCGAAAGAGGGACAGUUUGUUUUUUGUAACUUUUUACAAAACUGACCAAAUUCAUAAAUCAGACUGAUAAGGAACCAUGGAGGCAAAAAACACGCGGCCCACUUUCCCCUGGUACAAGGAGAGGCUGCAGACCAAGUAUCUUAAAGCCUCAACAAACAAGAUUUCCUCGGUCAGCAGUUGUUGGCAUUUUGUAAAUGUGAACCUUGAUGACUGCUCGUCAGUCUUAUGUGGGGCCCAGUGCGGCGUCUCGCCGGUUAUUUUCCACAGCACUCCAAACCACAGCUCCACUCAAAAGCCUAAAAAGAAGAGCAUCCCUAAAGAGCAUGCUUUGCUUCUCAAAGCAGAUGAUCCAAAAGCAGAUGCGCAGAGAAUAUGUGGCUGCCGUGGAGGAGAAACUCAAACGGCAUCCUUUAGCUAUGUACCCGCACUAUAAGGAUCACAUGACCCCAGAGUUAUUUGAUAAGGUGGUAUCCGUUUUGGACCCAGACUUGUGCAUAAACAGUGCCUCUUCACUUACCUACGCCUACAGCAGACCAUGCAGGGGAGGAAGGAGAGGAAGACUACACAGAGCCAACAACCCAGAUGUCCAAAAUCCAAGUCCCAGAAACCCUUAUAUACUACAAAUGAAUGGAAAUGGUAUCAAGAAAUGCCUGAAAGUCAAAGCAAAUCAACUGAGCAACCGUGAGGACACGAAAACAGCCGCCAAACUUUUCAGCAGAUGGUUUGUUUCUCCAAAUGAAGAGCUCAGUGUUACUGAAUCUGCCAUACGGGGGACAUUUUCACAGUGAUCUUCAACACUACUCGUCACCAACUUUUCACAUUUAAGUGAAGGACAUCAACAGUUUCUCAGUUCAAGGAUAAAGUUUU